AUGGCGGAACGGCGGCGCGCGUGGAACACGGAAGACGACCUGCCAGUGUACCUGGCGCGGCCGGGCAGCGCGGCGCAGACCCCGCGUCAGAAGUACGGCGGCAUGUUCGCUGCUGUGGAGGGCGCCUAUGAGAACAAGACCAUCGACUUCGACGCCUACAGCGUGGGCCGCCGCGGCUCCGCGCGCACGCCACGCAGCGCUGGCCGGCCCGACGCCGUGGGCCUGCCGUGCCCCGGCGGCAGCGAGGACACCGCCAGCGAUGUGAGUGAGCCCUCUGGUUCUGCCGUCAGCUCGCCAGGCGAUCGUGAUGACAGACCACCGGCGUUGCGCAUCCGAUGCCCUGCGCCCCGCGACCUGCCCCUCGGUCGGGACAAUGGCCAGAGUGACCGGCUCCUCAUCAGAGGCGGACGCAUCAUCAAUGAUGACCAAUCCUUCUAUGCCGACGUCUACCUGGAAGAUGGACUCAUAAAACAAAUAGGAGAGAACCUGAUUGUUCCUGGUGGGGUGAAAACCAUCGAGGCCAAUGGACGAAUGGUCAUUCCCGGGGGCAUUGAUGUCAACACUUACCUGCAGAAGCCCUGCCAGGGCAUGACCUCAGCUGAUGACUUCUUCCAGGGCACCAAAGCAGCACUGGCAGGUGGAACCACAAUGAUCAUUGAUCAUGUUGUUCCUGAACCUGGGUCCAGCCUGUUGACUUCCUUUGAGAAGUGGCACGAAGCAGCAGACACCAAGUCCUGCUGUGACUAUUCCCUCCAUGUGGACAUCACAAGCUGGUACGAUGGUGUUCGGGAGGAGCUGGAGGUGCUGGUGCAGGACAAAGGUGUCAACUCCUUCCAAGUCUACAUGGCGUAUAAGGACCUGUACCAGAUGUCCGACAGCCAGCUGUACGAAGCCUUCACCUUCCUCAAGGGCCUGGGAGCUGUGAUCUUAGUCCAUGCAGAAAAUGGAGACUUGAUAGCUCAGGAACAAAAACGGAUCCUGGAGAUGGGCAUCACGGGUCCCGAGGGUCAUGCCCUGAGUAGACCUGAGGAGCUGGAGGCUGAAGCUGUGUUCCGGGCUAUUGCCAUCGCAGGCCGGAUCAAUUGCCCAGUGUAUAUCACCAAGGUCAUGAGUAAGAGCGCUGCAGACAUCAUCGCGCUGGCCAGGAAGAAAGGUCCCCUUGUCUUCGGUGAGCCUAUAGCUGCCAGCCUGGGAACUGAUGGCACCCACUACUGGAGCAAGAACUGGGCAAAGGCAGCUGCGUUUGUGACCUCCCCUCCCCUGAGUCCAGACCCCACCACUCCUGACUACUUGACCUCCUUGCUGGCCUGUGGAGACUUGCAGGUCACAGGUAGUGGCCACUGUCCCUACAGUACCGCCCAGAAAGCUGUUGGCAAGGAUAACUUCACGCUGAUCCCCGAGGGUGUCAAUGGUAUAGAGGAGCGGAUGACUGUUGUCUGGGACAAGGCAGUGGCUACUGGCAAGAUGGAUGAGAAUCAGUUUGUAGCCGUCACCAGCACCAACGCAGCCAAGAUCUUCAACCUGUACCCCAGGAAAGGUCGGAUUGCUGUGGGCUCUGAUGCUGAUGUGGUCAUCUGGGAUCCAGACAAGAUGAAGACCAUAACAGCCAAAAGCCAUAAAUCAACUGUGGAGUACAACAUCUUUGAGGGCAUGGAGUGCCACGGCUCGCCUCUGGUGGUCAUCAGCCAAGGCAAGAUUGUUUUUGAGGAUGGGAACAUCAGCGUCAGCAAGGGCAUGGGCCGCUUCAUCCCUCGGAAGCCAUUCCCAGAGCACCUCUACCAGCGCGUGAGGAUCAGGAACAAGGUGUCCGGGUUGCACGGUGUUUCCAGGGGAAUGUACGACGGCCCUGUGUACGAGGUGCCAGCUACACCCAAACAUGCAGCUCCUGCUCCUUCUGCCAAAUCUUCGCCUUCCAAACACCAACCCCCACCUAUCAGGAACCUCCACCAGUCCAACUUCAGCCUAUCAGGUGCCCAGAUAGACGACAACAAUCCAAGGCGUACGGGCCACCGCAUUGUGGCUCCCCCUGGUGGCCGCUCUAACAUCACCAGCCUUGGUUGA